UUAGGUUUCGAAGCAAUACACCACCCAGUGCACUUCCUUUAUGAAUUCUUCGCAAACCCAUCUGAAAUUUACUCCGCUCCAUGGUAGCACCCCAUGAAGGGUACAGUAGUUCUGUUUACUUUCUACUACGUGUUUAAUACCCAUUUGGAGAUGUGAGUUCCUUAGCUUGUAAUUCUACUAAGAGAAGAUGCACUCGGUGCAGUUUGCAGCUCAAGGUCUUCGAGUGUUUGAUGCAGCGGAAUUGGGUCCUUAUUGGGAACUCUGAAGCUUCGAGGUUUUGUGUACAAAAUUUGUGAGUUUCGACGAUGAACAAUCGUACACAUUUAUUAUACAAUAGGCACUCGGAUCUAAGAGUUUCGGGUUUGUACUCAAUAAGCUGCCGAGAUGAUGAGCGACGGAUUUUUGGGAAAUUAAUUGUUGAAGGGGACCUUGUUAGUUUGGAGUUGUCCUCUUGAUUACGCCAACUUGGAAUUAGUAACUCUGAUCUACAAUCUAUUGGGAGAGUUGUUGUUCGACUUGUUUUGUAUCAUCUUGGCAGCUUCAAUUCUUUCUUUCCGACACGUUCGUGAAGGAGACAUGGUGAAACAUCUUCCGUUGAAUUCUCUCUUCCGCCAUACUCUAGAUGGGUCAGAUGUCUAUUGCUGGAAGAUGUUUUUGUGAUGCUUGAGAUUUUCUCUAAAAUUGUUUGAGAGAAAACAGUGUGACCAUGUCGACUAUGGCGCCUUCGCCUCCUCCUCUACCUCCCCCAUCUUCGACACCUGCAGUACAGGGUGCGCGGGUUACGCUGCUCAUUCGCCAUCUGCCAGAGGGACUGAUGGCCGACACUCUGAAACGUCUUUUCUCGCACUAUGGCGCCUCAGAUUUUCGUCUGUGUACAUCGGGAAGGCUGAAGAACUGUGCUUUUGUGGAUUAUGAUAAUGAAUCUGCAGCUGCAGCUGCACAAUCACAAAUGCACAGACUGAGAUUCUUGGGUAAAAUUCUAAGUGUUGAAAGAGCGAUUCCUGAAUCAAGCAAGGAUGGCUUAUCUGGAGACAGUUCAAUGGCGAGAAGCACAGACGCAGGGGCUGAUACUAUCCCUCCCCAUCCACCUCCAGAACCUCCACUUGUACCUCAGACUAGCGAAAUUCAUCAAGCAGGCAGAGGCGCAACAGGGAUGGAACCCAUUGCUCCUGCUCUGGGGGUGGAUUACCCCUUUCCUCCUCAGCUUGAGUAUGCGUAUCCCCCUCCGGAUGGAAAUAUUCUUACAAAUAUCGUGAACACUCUUAUUGCAGUUCCACGGUUCUAUACACAGGUUUUGCAUCUAAUGAAUAAAAUGAACCUUCCAGCUCCAUUCCGUCCUGCUCUUCCCACACCGCCAUUGCCACCACCUAUACCAGCUCCCCCAGUUGAAAAGCGACAGGCGGGUGAGCUGUCUAGUGGUGAAUCGGAGCUUGAAUCAAGUGACGAGGAAGACAACAAUGCUCCGGGUGGGGAAGAAGAAAGUGUUGUACCUGACAAAGACCUCGACGCCCAUAGAGCAAGAAGAAAGCGAGCUAAGUUGGGGGCUGUAGUGGGUCCUGCAGUGGACAAAGAUGCUUCUCAUGAAUCUGCAGGGGUGAAGUCUAUUAGUGUUAUUCCAAGAGCUGCUCCAAUCAAGAAGAACAAACCCGUCAUGCAGAUCAAGAUUUCAACCAAGACCUCAGCUAGUGAAGGACCAUCAAGAGACAUCAGCUUCCAAGACGAGAUGGAUGUUCCCAGAACAAAAGUAGAUGAUUCCUCUAAGAGAGCCUCGCGGGCAGAACUACAGGGUGGCCAAAUGUCUGAGGCUGAAAUGCUUGCUUUGCCCAUUCUUAAGAAUUACGCUGCGGGAGCCCCCUCACAGGUUCUUUAUAUCAAGAAUUUGGCAAAAGAAGUGACUUCAGAGGAUCUCUUCUAUGUCUUUGGCGCCUUCUUUCCAACCCUUGAUGAGACAAAAGCUGCUUUGAAUGUGAAUCUCAUGCAGGAAGGGCGAAUGCGAGGCCAGGCUUUUGUAACAUUUCCAUCAACAGAGGCCGCUCAAGAUGCUUUAGGUUUGACGCAUGGAUUUGUGCUGAAGGGUAAACCAAUGAUAGUACAGUUUGGACGUAAUCGCUCUGCUGCCAAGACAUAGUUAGAGAUUUAGGGGAAGUGGAUCCUGAUGUUUUUUUUAUCUGCUGCAUACUCACGAAUUGAAUCUCAAGUAGCUCCUAGCAUUCCUCGAAAUUGAAGUUCCACAUUGCUAAGCUGUUGCCAGGCGGUCACAAAAUGACUGGUUACAUCUUGUACCGAAAAAGCGUUUCAUGAAAGCUUUAAGAGCCAGAAUACACCGUUGUUGUGGGGACUGGUUUGCGAGACGAUGAGGCGCAUGAUAUUUGGUCGUUUUCUACAACGAUAGUAUUUUUUAUAUUUUGCCCAA